UAGAGUACCCCGUCAACAUUCCACAAACAGCAAUAUGAAGCUCAAUGUAAAGAAUAUCCGCUACCUCGGACCCGACGACUGGCGAGUCCUCACUGCUACCGAACAAGGCAGCCGGAACCACGAAGUCGUCCCCACGCCUCUGAUCUCGCAACUCGCAUCCAUCCGCUCCGGCUCCGGCGUUAACAAAUGCAUCUCGAAUCUCGCCAAAAUCGGCCUCAUCGCCAAGGUGAAGAACGCAAAAUAUGACGGGUACCGCCUCACCUACGGCGGCCUCGAUUACCUCGCCCUGCACUCGCACACAAAGGCCUCGACGGUGUACUCAGUAGGCAACCAGAUUGGCGUGGGGAAGGAAUCGGAUAUCUACGUCUGCGCGUCAGAAACGGGGAAACAGUUGGUGCUCAAGAUCCACCGUCUGGGCCGGAUAUCGUUCCGCACCGUCAAGGCGAACCGCGAUUACCUGCGCAACCGCUCCUCGGCGUCAUGGAUGUACAUGUCUCGACUGGCAGCAGUGAAGGAGUUCGAGUUCAUGAAGGCGUUACGGAAAGAGGGGUUCCCCGUGCCUGAACCCGUCGCCCAGAACCGCCACACUGUCGUCAUGGGCCUCAUCGACGCCUUCCCCAUGCGCCAAAUCUCCAACGUCGGCGACCCAGCGAGCCUGUAUGCAGAGCUGCUCUCCCUCAUCGUGAGACUCGCACAGUACGGCCUCAUUCACGGCGACUUUAACGAGUUCAACAUCCUGAUUGAAGAGAAGACGAAUGAGGAGACGGGGAAGGUCACCCUCAUCCCCACAAUAAUUGAUUUCCCGCAAAUGGUGUCGAUAGACCACACGAACGCAGAGUACUACUUUGACCGUGAUGUGGCAUGUAUCAAGCGCUUUUUUGAGCGUCGCUUUGGCUUCACGAGCGACGAACCUGGUCCCUCCUUUAAUGACUCCAUCAAAUCGAUUACGAAGCGGUUGGACGUCGAAGUCGAAGCGUCGGGCUUCAGCAAGAAGAUGGCGAAGGAGCUCGACGCGUAUAUGAAGGAGCACGGCGUCGAUGGCGACGCUGGCGAGAUCAAGCGGGACGACGAAGACGAACUGGAUGAGGGGGAAGAAGAGGACGAUGAUGAGCAGGACGAGGGUGAAGCGGACACGAGCACAUCACCCUCUAACGCCCACACCCUGACCUCUCAGAUGACCAUCCUCGAGCUCCGAGACAACGACCCGCUCCCCUCCCUGAGCGACAUAAAACCCCAAUUCCACCCCGCCGCCUCCAUCGCACCCAGCAUAUCCACCAAAGCCGCAAAGGCAAAAGCUGGAUGGGCUAUAUAA